AUGGGAACGGAAAUAGGGAAUAGAAUAUUGGAUUAUUUAACAGUUCGGGAAAAAAUUAACACAAGAUUUACUAAUAUUGUUUCACUGUUGACAUUCAUCUCAACAACUGUUUGGAAAUAUCUCUUCAAUCAUCAUUGUCUUCUACUUAAGGAAAAAGACGAUAAUAAAGAAUGUAUAUUACUCAUUUAUCUAUCAUAUAUUAAUAGUACUAGAUAG